AUGUUUCUUUCCGCCGUGCUUUCGGGCCUCCAAAAGAUGUCCAUUUUGCGUUGCGGCGACACCAGCGGCAUCGUAAAGGGCUGCAUCAUUGGCAUGGGCCGCACGCGUCACGGGACGGGGAAGAUCGGCGACCGCAUCAAGGUCUCCGUGCGCGACAAGACUGCAGACUGCAGUAUCAGCAACAAGAAGCCGCGCGGCAUCAUCAUCCGCCGGAAGAAGGAGACCGUGCGUCGCGACGGCAUGGUGUUCAAGUUCGACGAGAACGCAUUUGCCGUGAUCGCAAACAACAAGCUGGUGGCGUCCAAGAUUCGGGGCCCAGUACUGCUUGAGACGCGUCACGCAUGCCGCAAUCUGGCGAACCGUAUAUUUUAA